AUGAAGAAUCACUACAUCACCUUGGGAUUAGAAAGAAAUGCUCAACAACCACAAAUUAAGGAAGCAUAUCAUAAAUUAGCUUUAAAAUGGCAUCCAGAUAAGAAUACAAACUGCAGAGCUUAGGCUAUUACUCAAUUCCAAGAGAUUAAUGAAGCCUAUAACACACUAUCUCAGUCAGAAAGCAAGAAAAAGUAUGAUUACAAACUCGAAAAGAAUGAUCAUUCAUAAAAACUCAAAUAUUUUCUGGAACAAAUUGAAGAAAUGAAUGAAGAAUUUACUUAUUUAAGUAAGGAUGAUUAAGAUACUUUGAAUAAAUUCAUCAAUAGGAUUAACAAUCAAAGUAAAAGAAUAAGGAAACACUGA